UGCGGGAACUGUAGCCGACCACGUUUGGUUUUUUUUUUUUGUUGAAGAUUCUGAAUGUGUGAAGCAGCCAAAGGACUACUACGAAUUAACGGUGGACUGUUAGGAAGUGCUACGGGAGCAGUACGAGAUGUGUGAGCUUAAAAACACAGUAAAAUAGAUAAACUUUGUUAAAAAAACGAGCUUUAAAGUGUAACAGGACAGUGUGUGCGAGGUACAAGCCCAAGGAACCGCAAGGAGCCCACCAGUGAUCAUUUAUGUAAUCCAUGCAGCAGAAUGUGUUUUUGAUGGCAAAAAGGCGAAAGAAAAUAUCGAUUGCCACCACCAAUGUGCUGCCUUUUUAUUGUGCAAUAGCAAUAGGAGGUUGAUCGCGAUGCGUCUCAAACAGUGUGCCUUCCCCUGCUGUAGUGUAAAAAUGUCUCUAAUCUUUUCUGUGCACGAACAGUGAAAAUAGUGGAAAAAGAAUGCUGCAAAAAGGACAUUUAUUGUCUUAUGAAAGACUCGUCCCGUUUAGGAUUUUGGGCUGAACUGCAUACACCCACAGCAAAACAGCAGGCCUAAACGUUUUACCAAGAAGCAGAAACCACUGGAACCAGUAUCGUUGAAACACAUAAAGCAAUCGGCCACACGAUCCGAGCUACGGAACUGGAUAUUCGAUUAUAGCAACCAUAGCAUUCAUCUGGUGUAUGUGUGUUUGUGUGUAGCACAUGCAGACAAAGCGUAACCAGUUGGACUGAGUUUUGACUGUACCAAAGAAAAACAACAUCAUCCAUUGCAACAGCAGCCAAAAGAACGCAUAUCCUGAACGGUAAAAUCAUCGCGCAGAAAGUAAUCGACGGGAAAGAGGGAAUCACGUGUCAUCAUCGCCUUACUCUUCCUUUUUCGGAGUAUCACGGGAAGCUUCUGUACACGGGAGGAAGCUACCCAGGCAACACUGCUAUCGGCCUAGCGAAUCGGUCACUGGACCAUCAAGUAAGUUUUCCUGCGGCCGGUCAGCGUGCGCGUCUCGACUUACAGAGGACGACGGUAAUCGCCCCGUGUAUUCGAGCGAUUGAAGUACCCGUCCCGGAAAAACACACACAAACAUACACACACACACAGACACAGACACAGUGAUUACAGUUCGGUGGUGGUUGCGGUGGGACCAGUAACACACGGUAUAGGUGGUGGCUGUAGGCUGUGGUGUACCGGGCGCGCGCUAGUAUGACGCUUGCUGAGAUGUACUCUUUCUCGACCAGUAGUAAAUCCGGUGCGAACAGCGGCGGAAGUUCGCUAGUGUCGUCGACGACCUCAUCGUCCGGUGGAUCGUCGACCGUAUCGACGUCGUCGAUCGUCGGCGGGGAAGUGGCCGUUUCCGCUGCAUCCGCGUCCGUUGGGGCUACGAUUCAAUCGAUGGUUGCGUCGGUGGUGGCGGACCCUCCGGAGCUGGUCACCGGUGCUGUGGAGCGUACGCCGGGCGCCGGUUGUCUGCCGGCCGUAUCAAGUGCAGCUGCCACGUCGACGGCGCUCACGAGCUCGGCCGCGGUUGCGAUCCUACAGCAAGCGCCGCCAGCCAGCGGUGCCGUGUUGUCGGCUUCUCCGCGCGCGGAUCAGCUCGUGCCGAAGUUGGGAGGAUCGUCGCCGAACAACAGCAGCAGCAGCGUGUGCAGCAACGGUAGCAGCACCAGCAGCGGCAUGUUUCCCGAGGUGUUCAAGCUGGACGACAUGCUGGAGCUCGAGAACGUGGGCAACGGUGCGCUGAGCGAGAAUGGCAGCACCGGCGGUGACUUUCAGCUCGACAACAGCUCCCUGUCGGAUUUGAUGGAGCAGGACUGCACGCUUUGCAAGAAUAAGUUCACUUCGCCCCGUGUGCUCUCCUGCCUGCACGUGUUCUGCGAAAGCUGUCUGGACAAGCUGCUGGCGGAGGGUGCCGGCGACAAGGGUCUCGAUGGCGGGAAUGGCAGCACGAUAGUUUGCACCAUCUGCAAACAGGCGACUCCCAUCGGUCCGAAGGGUGCCGCCGGGCUGCAUCAGGAUUACAUUCUGAGCAACGUGCUCGAUCUGUCCACCAUCGAGCCGGCGCUGCUGGCGUGCACCUCGUGCAAGAGCAAGGAGAUGGCGAUCUCCCGCUGCAACGACUGUGCCAACUUCCUGUGCGCCAGCUGCGAGUAUGCGCACCAGCACAUGCGCUGCUUCGAGGACCACAAGGUGGUCCAGCUGGCCGAUCUGCGCAAAUCGGCGGAGAAGGUGGCCAUUCACAAGCCGCUCUACUGUCCGGUGCACUCGAUGGAAAAUCUGAAGUACUACUGCUUCAACUGUCAGACGCCGGUGUGCAAUGAGUGUUUGAUCGGCGAUCACAAAGGUAGUGAACAUAACUACCAUAUAAUCAGCGACGCCGAGAAGCCGAUGCGCCAGGAGCUGGAGUGUUCGAUGCGCGAGGCAAAGUCGAAGAUCGAGUACUGCAAUCAGGCGACGAGCAAGCUGGAAUCGUCCCUGCACGACCUGCAGAGCCAGUACGAGACGGCGCGCGGCCUCAUCAACGAGUCGUACCAGAGCUGCAAAGCGGUGCUGGAGCAGUGCCGGGAGAAUGCGCUGAAAAAUCUGGAAAAGCUGCACUCCGAGCGCGAGCUGAAAAUCAUGGACCUGUACGACAACGUGGCGAAAUCGGUGGAGAAAAUCGAGGUCGCUGCCAAGUACGCCCGCAAGGUGGUGGAUCAAGCGAACGGGCCGGAAAUGCUGAGCAUGAAGAGCAUGAUAUGCGCCCAGCUGAACCAGGUCAUGGUCACCGCGCCGAAGGUGGAUGUCAGCUUCUCGAUCGAGUUCCAGAGCAACUACGAGAAGUUCGAGCAGCUCGUGCCGGAACUGUUCGGCAAGUUCCGCACCGAAUCGUCGCUGCCGGUCAGCGUGAACGAAACGACCCCCUCGCCCACGCUCCCGGGCGUGCCGAUCAUGGUGGCCGAUGCGCACCACCAGCCGGUGAAUGGCGGCUGUGGGCUUAGCCAGGGUCCGCUGACCGCGUCGGUAACGGCCAGCAGUCCGAUCUCGCUGCCAACGUCGAUGCAAUCGUCCUUCGACGGCGACAUAUCGACGCUCGGCACCACGUACAUGCUGCCGAACGUGCUGACCCCGGAACCGGCGACCGGUGCGGCCAACAUUGCCGGCCCGCCCAAUCCGCUGAGUGGCGGCGCACCGUCGCCGGGCGUGGUCGUCGGUACCGGUCCCGCCACCACCCUGCCCGGGCUGUCCAGCAUCGCCGAGUAUAAUCUUCACCGGCUGGCAAAUCUGGCCGGCGAAACGGCGUCGAACGAUCUGACCGAUUCGAUUGUGCCGGUGGUGAACAGCAACGCUGCCACCGGGCCGGCCGGUGGGGCUACGCCCAACUUUACGCUGGCCGACCUGAUCUCCGGCAACCAGCACGCGAUCCAGGCGCUCGCGAAGUACUCGAUGGGCGGCCAGGACAUGAGCAACGGUGCGAUGCUUUCGGCCCACCCGAGCCUGGACAGUGUACCGAUGAUGAGCGAUUUCCCCGGCGUGCUGCCGGGCUCGACAUCUCCUAUCCUGCCCGUUCCACCGAACAUGCCAAACAUAGAUGGACCAGGAAUGAAUGGGGCUGGUAGCGAUAUGGCCAUGAGCCGCUUCCAGCCAUCGAUGUGUGUGAAUGGGCGUACGAAGGCCACGCCGAUGCAGAUUCGGACCAAGUUCGGCUCGCUCGGGCAAACGAAGGGCCAGUUCAACUCGCCGCACGGUUUCUGUCUCGGCGUGGACGAGGAAAUCGUGGUGGCCGAUACGAACAAUCAUCGCAUCGAGAUAUUCGAAAAGAACGGAACAUUCAAGUUUUCGUUCGGCGUACCGGGCAAGGAGGAGGGUCAACUGUUUUACCCGCGCAAGGUGGCAGUGAUGCGCACCAGUGCCAAGUUUGUCGUGUGCGAUCGGGGCAACGAGCGCUCGCGGAUGCAAAUCUUUUCCAAGAACGGCCAUUUCAUCAAGAAGAUCGCCAUCAGAUACAUCGAUAUCGUUGCUGGGUUGGCCGUUACAAACAAGGGGUUAAUCGUAGCAGUGGACAGCGUCUCGCCGACCGUGUUCAUCAUUUGUGAGGAUGGCAAUCUCAUCCAUUGGUUUGAUUGCAGCGACUUUAUGCGCGAACCAUCCGACAUAGCUAUUAAUGGCACCGAUUUCUUCGUGUGUGAUUUCAAGGGACAUUGCGUGGCCGUAUUCUCCGAAGAAGGUACGUUCAAGUAUCGUAUCGGCAGUGAGAAGAUUACCUGCUUCCCGAAUGGUAUCGAUAUAUCCGAUGCUGGAGACGUGCUGAUUGGCGAUUCGCACGGCAAUCGCUUCCACGUCGCGUGCUAUUCGAAGGAUGGGCAACUGCAGUCCGAGUUCGAAUGUCCCUAUGUCAAGGUGUCACGAUGCUGCGGUCUCAAAAUUACCUCCGAGGGAUAUGUGGUAACUUUAGCGAAAAAUAAUCAUCAUGUCCUGGUACUGAAUACGCUCUACAUUCAGUGAUCAAUAGCGGGAGCACGAAUACUGAAACCUAAUUACUGAGCCAUCCGGCACACAUUCUCUUCUAAUAACGUCGAUCCUAGUGCACGUUAAAUCCCCCAUCCCUCGCUUCCCACGGGCCGUGAGUAUCAUAUUCAUCUAUCCUACGGUUUAUUUAUGACAUUCACCAUUCCACGCCAUGCCUACCAACGCGUGUUUGAAUGCGUCCAUCAUCCAGUGAAGAAAUUCGGCGAUCGCUACACCAGCAGCAAUAAUGGGAUUCUUCACAGAAACAAAAGAACAAAAAAAAAAAAAACAAACAAAAAACAAAAAUCUGAUGGCCAUAGGAAAACGGUGGGGGAAUCGUUAUUAAUCGAGCUUUCGUGACAUGGGUUUUAUGUCAUGAUACUGCUUAGUCUGUACGAUUAUCGGUUUGGCGACUGAUUCGCCAUUUGCAAUUAAUUAUCAACCUUCCCCGAGCUCUAUACCCUCCAAAUGCGCAAGGCAAGGCAAGUGAGAAGGCUUCAUUUUAUUUCAGAGAGACGGAUGAAUGAUAUUAUUUAAUUUUUGUAGAACAAAGAUUAUCAUUAUUAUAAUUGUUUGUAUUCUUCGUAAGUAACGUUCGCAAAUCUGUAAUCCCCGUUUGUUUAUGUUAAGCAAUAUUUAUUCUCUGAAGAUGACAACAAACAACAAUACAUGAUCUCUGUUUUUAAUGUGUUUGCAUAACCUUAGUGAGACAUUGGUAGCAAGGAGUGAAGGCAUACAGUUUUAGUAGUUUUAUUUUCGUCAAAACAAGAACGUACUGUGGGGUUUCCUAAGAUUGAAAAAGCGCCUGAACUAUAAUAUAUUUACAGUGGUGAAGUAUGUUUAGCAAGAGAGGAUUAUAUAACGCGUAGGUCGUAAACAGUGCACCAUCGGCGAACCUUCAUACACAACGAGCGUGCAUUAUUCGUAGCAAACACAACAAUAUUUCGCAUUUAUUGCGCUGGAAAGUAUCUCUACAUCUAUUUACGACGGCAGUACAAAAGUAACACAACUUUUGAAAGAGAGUCCAAACAUUAAUUAGCAUUCUCUGUAAAUAGUACCGAAAUAUGACACAGCGUUUGAUCUACAACAACAAGCCAAGUACAGUGGCAAUGGCAAGAUAUGUUCUCAAACUCGAUCGAAUGAAAGAUGUUCUUGCGAAUGUGUCACCAAAAGGCAAGCUAAGACAGUUGCUAAGAAGCUAAAAAGCUUCCGAAUAGUUGGAGGUUGUAAAUGUGCAAGGUGUGUCUACCAUUUCACAAAAAAAUAUGUAUUGCCCGUUGCAUUAUCGCAUCCUGCAUGGUUUUUUAAGGAGCCCAUUAGGGUGAACUACAUUAAAGAAAUAUUAAAAGAGCGUAUUUUCUGUGUCGAAACCCGCCCUUUCCUAAGUGGCAAAACAAGGGAAUGAGGGAAUGCGUUAUGAUCAAUACAUAUAUAUAUAUAUACAUAUACAUACAUAUAUUUUUUGAAUCGAGAAUUAGAAAUAUUACCCUAUGAAAAAAAAAGAGCUAGCCAACAAAAGAGUGAAAGAGUGAGAGAGGGAACGGAAAGUGAAACGCUAGCAUGUUUAUACACUUGAUCGAAAGUCCUAACAGCAAUACCAUUUUUUCCAUUAACCGAACGUUUUUGUAGGAAGGUUACGCACUGCUGCAUGCACUACAAAGUGGUUGACGUGGAGCUUAAAACUGUAGCAACUAAGAAGGAACGUAAAUGAUUUGUAACUGCACCGCUCCUCCUCUUACGUACAUUUACUAUUUAGGUUUGCGGGGUUUUGUGUUGUUAGUAGGGGUUUGUUCACUACUUCCUAAAAUCAUGUUCCACGUUUUUUUCCUAUUUUAAAUAUUAUUUUAUUAACUUAUUGUUUAAGACACAGCGAGAGACUUUUAUCGUCGCUAAGUUAGUUUUAUAGCAUCACUUUUUAGUGGCACCCGUGUUUACGGGAUUUUUUUACCUGUCGGGGUUUUUAAUUGAUGCAGAAAGACAAUGCUUUGUGAUUUUUUUCGUAGUUCCGUAAUUUUUGAAAAUGUGACUUUGCGAUUUCUCGCACUGGAGCUUUUUUGAUCGUUGAAACAGUCCACCAUUAAACAAUGUAUUUUUCUUAUUGGAUAGAUUUUCUCCCACCAACAAACCGAAGCGAGACUAAAUUUGUUUGUAAAGCUUUAUAAUUUCUUAUCCUUUGAAUUUGAAAUGAUUAGCAGUAUUUAUUUAUAUUUUUUUGUUUCCAACCGUAAUUGUUUUUUUUAUAUGUAUAUCUGUGUUCGUUGAAAAUCGCAAAGCUCAAUAAUUUUAUGCUGUACCAUUAUUAAGAACAACAGUCGGUUCCUUUUUCAUCCUAAUCGGUUUUUCUUGGGAUAAAAAUUAGUUUAAGUUAUUUUUAUAGGCUCAAUGGUUAAACGUUUAUUUCUUUCUAAUUAAAAGCUUCACCCGAAACAUUUGAAUUUGGCGUAAGAUGUAUUGGCUUACGUUAGUGUUAUGUGAUCAUCACGUGGGAUUUUACUACGUGCCGUAUAUAUCCUUAUGUAGAACGAGCCGUGUAGCUGGAGCGACAAACAAAUAUUGCUAGUCUCAAAGUUGACUCAAAAAAAUUCAAUUCAUGUUAACAUAUACCAGUUUUGGGCCUAAUGUUUGUGCAGCAGAUAAAUUGGCCAAUCGAUUGAUUGUUCUGCGUUCGUUAUGUCUUUAAUUGUGCAAUGUUCUUUGUUUUAUUUUCUACAUGUUAUCCUUGUAGAAAAAACAAUCGAAAAACAAUUGUAGGGAAACAAUCGAGAUGGCAAUCAAUCGAUUGGCACCGUAUUUUGUGCUCCUUAUGACUGACUAUUCUCAUUAUAACUAUAACCGCGGUUGGUCAUGCAAGAACUCCGGAAUGUAAAUUAUCUGAAGAUGCUUAUUUCUCUUUUUUCUUAUAAGUCGUUAAUGUACUUGGCUAGCUAUGACUUAUUGGUUUACCGUGACGGGCUUGUUGUAAAGUCGUUCGACGAUGCUAAAACACGCGGAAAUAUACGGCACGCAAUAUAGAUAUUCCUGGAAGAAUGUUUAAAGAAGUCAAAGUAGGCUAACGCUUAAUGAUUUGCGCACACAUUUCAUAAAUCACUAAAAGACAAACAAUGUUUCUUAAAAAGAAAGAAGUUAUUUUAUUUUUCAUGCGAAUCUCGUUCAUUUUAAAGUGCAUUUCUGUUUAGAUACAUAUAUGUGUUUGCUUUUGUGUUCUCACAAUAGAAUCUCGAAGAAGGUAUUUUUUGUGUUCAAUGCUGCAAAUGAAACGAGUAUCUCUUCCCCUCACACCGAACAUCCGGGCGAUAUUGGAAAGCAAUAUUUGAAUGCCAUAUUUUUUAUAGUUUAUCAAAUCAGGUUCAUCUACAAUUGCGGUUCGUGAAUUAUAAUAAUUGGAAGGGAAUCACUAUAGCUAAUUAUGGGGCAUGAUUUAUUAAUAUUUUUUAACCCUUGUGCAGUUGAAGCAGAGGAGGGGUCUCAAUAAUUUUAUAUGUGUAGUUUAUGGAGUAUGGCGAGUUUACUGGUUCUGAGCUCUUUUUAUGUUAAUCCACUAGACAUAUUUGAUAUUUAUCGCGUCAUUCAUUUGUGUGCAUUUGCAGUGUUUUUGGAUGAAAGAUAUUUUUUACGCUUGGUUAAAAUUUAUAUAUCCUUCAAAAGACAAACGUUUGUGGCUACGGUGUGCGUACUUGUGAGUAGAGGAAUUUGAUUGUCAUCAUAAAUUAUAGCUAGCCAAAAAAGAAUGCUUCCGUUACAAAUCUAGAACAGCAUUUUUCACUUUGAAGAAACAAUACAAAAAUAUACAAAAAAAAACUAUAUAUAAAUACCUAGAUUGCAAGUGUUUAACAGAAGGAAUGUUAUAUGAAAUGGAAAAUGAAAAAAAAAGAGAUACCGUUUCACAAGGUAGAGAGAAAUCUAAUCCAAAGCAAAAUAUUUUAUAAUUGAAACAAAAUAUUUUUUGCCUUAAAUUUUACAUUUAUACAUCUAUGAAUAGUAAUAUUGCAACGAUUUUAGAGUGCGCAAAAUGAGGCGAAUGAGGAAAACAGCUCCUUCUUAUCAAUUAGAAGGGUAUGCUGUACGUAGAAUGCAAUCGGAAAAUAUACAACCAGUACCGUACUAUACUAUCAAAUGGCAGUAAGAUAUUUUAUUUAGUUUCGCUAAAAUUGACAGAUACAUGGGCGUGUCCGCAUGUAUCGUUUGCAGAGCUGUAAUGUUUGGCGUACCUUUAACCAUGAAAAAGAGAUGAAAAAAAAAACAAGAUAUGUGAGAUUUUUUUAAACGUCUACCACAUCAAGUCCAAAUUAGUAAAACAAAAACGAAGGAAGGUAUAGGACGGCAGGAAAGAAAUAAAACCAAUAUGAUAAUAGACGAAUAAAUUCAUAAUCAAGUACAGUUAUCUCAACGUUCGCAUCCCACGGAUACUAGAACAAAAACAUUAAAAGUUCCUUCUCAAAUCAAUAAAUCAAUCGAGCUGCGUAAUCGUUCACUGGUGGUAGAUACUGUAAACAUCUCGAAGUAAACUUACAUCUGUAGAAAGAGCUAUGUUUCCCCGGGCUGGAUUAAAUUUUUCGUGUAGAUUCAUUUUAGUUAACACAGUCACAAUACCAUCUUGCAAUGCUGUCCGAAUGAUACUUCCUUCGGCACUUUUAUGACCCGCCAAACGAUUCUACACACCAAGCCGAACACACUCUGCAGUACGAAAGCAGUUCCUUAGCAAUUUUUGCCAGCAUAUUUAUAGUUUUAGUGUAGGUUUUACGGCACAAAUAAAAGCUGAAAUUUGAUACGCUUUUACUUUUUAGUUACGCUUAGCCUUGUUUGUUUUAUUUAAUUAGACUAGAAAUUGCACGAUUGACUUCCUUGUUAGGUUUGUGACUAGAUGAUAAAAUUUGUUUACAGUUUUUGUAACACAAUGUUUUUUUUUGUGUUUUCUUUGAUGGUUAGGGAAGAAUUUUGUUUUGACUUAAUUUAAUGACAGUAGCAAAGAAAAAGUCAAUCAUUUAUCUGCAAUAUAGGUACAUUGCCAAACCAGAAAAUGUAUAAUGAGAAAUCAUAAUUACAACACACCCCUUUUGCAAAAGAUCUAUUUGCGAUGAGAGCUUGUCAAAAGUUAUUUAAAAAGUAACGAAACUCCGAAAGCAAUGUUAUACACUACGAAGAGCGACACCUAAUUCCUAAGCACCUUCGUUUCUGGUUCUACAUAAUUAACCUAACAAAAGAAAAGAAGUACUAUGAAGCAAAAGUACUAAACUUUUUUUUUUCUUGCAUAAUUCCAUACCGUCUGAACAAGUUCCAUACAUAGAAUGGAACACAGGUGUAUAAAACAGGCAUGAACACAUAUCAACGCUACAAAAUCCAUUGUAUAAAGUCAAUUUUAGAAGAAAAACAAUCCGCAACAAAAGAAUCGCCUAAUUAUGGGCAGUUGAUUGGAGUUACUUACCUCUUUCAGUCUAACCUAAUAAUAUGUAUUUUUUCCGUUUGGUCAUUGAACUUGCUCAGAAUGGCUCACGGGGGUAGGAUUGUAGGUUGACAAAAGAACAACAACAGCACAUAAUGGAAUAUUUUUGAAUCUGCCAGUUGGCGGAAAGAUCCGAUUAGUAACAUCCUCCUGAAGUAUGUAUGCAACAGUGCAGUGUUUUAAGCAGAAUAACAAAUAGAGACUAACUUAACCUGUUAGAAAAUAUAAAUAAUCAUGCAACAUAGUGCCAUCUGUAGGGGGAAAACGAACUAUUUUAAUGUGUUAAAAUUCCUUUUGGAAUGUUUAUUUUCGUUUACUGCAUAGCCGUUUUGCGUUUCACGAUGAAAAGCGUUCUAUGAACAAAAAAGAAUAUUACAAUGAAAUUAGCGUAUAGGGUCGUACAUAAUAUACUUUGAGAUAUAAAACAUGAGGUAACAAAACUCUUUGCACACAAAACAGGAAACGUCCGUAAAAGUAGCGAGACGAACGACAAUGGUCGAAAAACAUUAGGUUUUAUUAUUGUUCCAUCACGUAAUAUUUUUGUUGUGAGGAAGAAAAAAAGAAGGGAGCGAACAAAGCAAGGAAAACCUAUCGAUGGUUGUAGAAAUGUUUCUUGUUUGAACCAAUUUUGUCGCAAGUAGAUAUUAAGCUUUUUUACGUAUUUACAUUACACAUAUAUAUAGGGUAUAUAUAUAUAUAUAUAUAAUAUGCAAGGGUGAUGCAAAAUCAAGAAUAAAGGUAAUCGGCGAAUAUACUAAAUUUUAUUUUUGUACACUAAAAGAAAUCGAGCAAACCUAUAACCUACACCGCGAAUUUGAUUGUGCACACCCUUUUUAACGAAGCAGAGAAGCCUUUUAAAAUCACACAUUUUGUAUCUAUUUAAUGAACAUUUUAGGUCAAACUGUUCAGGACAUACUUUCCUCCCGUUUUCGCAUAACACAAGACGUUGGCUGAUGUCAGCAAAUGAUCUUAAGCCGAACACAUGCAUGAAAUUAGAGUUCUACACGGGGCAUUUUGUUGAAAAACAAAAAAAAAAACAACUGGACAAUAGCCUUUCGUCAAAAGGGUCGCGCAUGAGUUAUACAGCAUCUAACGAGCUCCAAAACCAGCUCCUUUGACUCCUUUGAGUCGAAAAUGUAUUUGUUUGUUACAAGUAAAAAAAAAGUCAAGAUUAUAGUUGGUUGGGUUUUAGUGAGAAUAAAUUAAAACAACAGAAAAAUGCACUGCACAACUGCCAGCAAAAUGUAGGAUGAUUUUGAUUGGCAAGAUGAAUUCUGAAUAGUAGUACUCUCCAACAUGUUGUUUCCUUCCUACCUGCGCACUGUCUAUCAUACUCACCAACUUUUACCAACAAUUCUUGUAACACUAAUAUCCAAUCACUUGUAAUUCUUCGAUUAGUCCACGUAUAUCGAAUGCAAAUUGUAUGCAAGUAAUACCAGCAGUACAUCCUCUGCACGCGCGCGACAAACAAAUUUAACAAUGGUCCGACACCGUGUUUCAAUAAUGUUUCUCAUAUUCCUUAUACAAUUCAAAAGGAACGUAUUGUUCGGAACUGAAUGCAAUCUUUUUAGACAUAACGAGAAACCUUUACACUAUGAAUUCACACACCUUCUCAAGCAAAAUAAUAGCAAAAAAAACGGAAGAAGAUUGAAGUAUGUCGAAAUAAAUCUUAAAUCCAGGGAGUCCUACUACUACUAUACAUGUAUAUGAAUGAAAAUACACAUACAAUUUGUAAAGUACAGUUCUAGCUUUAAAGUUAAAUCCAACAGCGAGUCUGCAGAAUUUUCUAUUUUUGUAGUUCGAUAUUAUUGUGUGUAUGCAUUAGAGAAUAUAUACACAUACACUUGCGUUACAUAUAAAUAUACUCCUUAUCGAACAGUAAUCGUCCUGAAUGGAGGAGACCAGCCAGACAGGCCAUCAGUAGCCAGGCAAGCUGCAAAAGAAUCAACCUGAUAAGAAAGGGAAACCGAAAACAAGCGUACGGAUCUAAAUGCAAAAACCCAAUGUUCACAAUAAUAUUUGAGAUCAAUUUGAUAAUAAUAUAAAUCACAAUGCAAUUAUAAAAUGCUCACGAUUAUACAAUUUUAACUGACAUUGAAUGGGUACGAUUCGAUCACGUUGGGGGCGGUUGGGAAGGAGGAGAACAGAGCCGCUCGUACAUUAUCUUAAGCGCGAGUGUAUUUGAUUGAACGAAUCGUGCUACCUUUCUUCUUCGAGUGAAAAGUACCGUAUCAGAGCUAUCGGAUUUAGAAACAAUGCAAUCACACCUGUGUAACUUCUUACUAACGAUCUUCUUCACAUCUUCUACAUGCAUUAAAACUCCCCCUCCCUCCCCCCCCCUCUCCCUUCACCACUUCCUAUUCCAAAUGAAAAAAACAAACAGAAAAUCUGCACUCAGUACAGUGGAAGCAUGUACAAAAUCUAAAAUAACAUAGAACUUACUCUACUUACUAAGCACACGUAUGAAAUAUUUAUAUGAAACAAGAAUAGUAGACAAAUAUUUAAAUCAAUUCUAAUGAUGUAUUCUUCAGAUUCUCAUUCUGCGUUUCUCCAAAAUACAAUAAUAUAUAUAUGAACCGUUUAAAUCCCCAUACGCAAAGUAAAGCGAGUAAUAGGGGAGGACCCAUAUAACGCAGAUGAGGAAAGUAAAGAACAAAACUUUCCACAAGUAAAGGUGGAAAAAACAAGAAGCGAAAAUAAUAAACGAAAGGAAGAGCAGAUCUGCGAGCGUUCAUUUCAAAGUUGCUGUGGGGUUUGUACAACUAUUAAAAGUCACAACAACAAAAAACAACAGACGUUGGAUGGUGUGGUGUUUUAUUGAAGGAAAAAAAAGCUAUUUACAUGCCUACUAUACCGUGUUAAUACGAAUUUUAUAAUACUUCUUAUGUAUACAAAAGCAGCUAAGCCACCAAGCUUAGCGAGACAGAAAGUAAUAGGAAGAUGGUAAACCAAAAAAGGGCUACUCUUAUCUUUCUACGCCGUACAAUAACAUCACAGAAGCUCAGCCAUUCGUGUGGAUAAAUGGAUAUACCAUCAGAGCAUUUAGCGAAUAUUUCCAACACUUAUUACCGAUCGAUCCAACACAUCAUUAGGAAUCGAUGCUCGAGUAAAGUGUGUCCAGCAGCAGGCAGCGAUGCAUCGUUCGGGGGGAAGCAAAAUGGCAUGAAAAAUGUAUCUUAUUUUACUCAGAGUCAAAUAUUUAAUGCAGCAGCAGCGGCGCACGCACGCACGCACCAUACCAGUAAUAGUCAAAACCAUCUCUUGCCUAAUAGUUUUCAUAUUUAGCGUUAUGGACAGCACCACUACUUAUAGCAGGAAGAUAUUGGGCGGAGAGGGAGGGAAGCGUAUUAUUAAUCUUUCCCAACCAAGGCAAGUCCCUCCUCUGUACCGGCAAAUCUGAGGGAAAAUGGAAAAAAGAGAUAUAUAGAGGGGAGAGUAAGAGUGCGAGUAGUCAUAGCAUAAUCGUUGAGCAGAAGAAAGGUAGACGAAAUUAAAAUGUGCCAUGCAGCAGCAGUGAGAUAGAUGUUUGAGUAUUUGUUUUAUUUUCCCUCCUUUUCUGUGCGUACAUUAGUGUCGUUAAUAAUAACCGUUCAGGGUAGCUAUUCCAGCUUCGGAAAUUUGAAUCCAACAAAUCAAUUUACGGUUUAACAGCUUCUUCUGAUACUGGUCCAAUGUGGUAAUGAAAGCUCCUGCAGACAAUCUAGCUUGCUGUAGCCGCCAUUUCCAUUCACUUUGAUAACACCCGACCAAGGCCAUCCUUUUUCCGCGGAAAUAUUUCUCUUCUGACACUACGUUUUUAUUAACUCUGUUUAAAAGUGUAUGUACUGCUGCACUCUCAGGGCCAGCAUUCGGUUGAGUGUGAGCUGCUUGCUAUAUUCUACCCGACAGGGGUAGCCCAUUGUUUUCCCAAUCUGUGAAACUACUUUACCACCACAAUAGGCACAGAUUGUGGAAGGCUGUAGGCAGCAUAGAACAAACCAUUUUCGACAUAUUUAGGACACCCGGAGAAACAUUCUAACGAACGAGAUGAUACCGCAUUCGCUUUAGGCAUAGGUUCAGUUAGUACACUUACAUUACGGUUUUGUAGUUAGCAAUAUUUGGACAGCCUUUCGAUUUCACGCUAAGUCUUAUUAGGCGCACGUUGAAAGUAUUUUACCACCCAUCCCCCCCCCCCCCCUCUCUCUUUAGCGUUUGCCUCCCGUUGGUGUGUGAUGAUAGUAGAAAAGAGAGAGAAAAAAAAAUACAAAAAAAACCCAACAAAAUAGUUCGAUGUGUGAUGGAAAACCACCUCACCUGUGUACCACAUUUCGAAAACGGGCGUACGACAAAGCUGCUAAAAAUUGUGCGACUGUGCGUGCGCAGUUUUGGUGAGGUGGAGAGAUACAUUUCAAAAUGAUAGCGAUUUUUGAUUUUGUGAAAUUUUGUAUUUUAUUUUAUACUUUACCCAAACAACAAGUCAGGAUUGUGUUAAGUGAGGAAAAGUUAAACUUUACUAUAAUUUUACUAUUGAUGUAGUGCCUUUUGCACGGUUUAGUGUUAAUAUUUUGUUCGCUUUUACACACAAAAAAUGUACAUAAAUUUUAUAUAGAAAUAUAUUAUAUACAUACAAAUUAUACAAGCAGGAAUUUACAAAAGGAAUGAAUAAAGUUUUACAGUUUUAUUUACCUUCUCAUGUGGGUUUGUUCAUCGUUUUCGUUUGCGUUUUCUUUGUUGCGUCUUUCGGUUCUCUUUUGCCCAGUACAGUGUGCUUCAGCUUUAUUAUGAUUUUUUCUUUGCGUUGCGGUUCCUUAUUGUGUUCUGUGAUUUCCGUUCCGUCACCGUUCCGAAGCGACGAGGGCCAGCUCGUCAUAUGGUAGCACAUACGUUAUUUAAGGUUUUGGAAAGAUAGGAAUUAUUUUUAUAGAAAAGAUAGUAAUAAAAAAAAUCGCCUCACAUUUGAUGUCUUCCUAGUCCCUUUUGAUGACCUUAGCCAGUAGAAUGUAUUAUGGGUUGAUUCUUCUUCAUUUUUUUUACAUAAUAGUAAGGAGUGAAAAAUCUCUCCUAAAUUAAAAAAAGGAGUGAAAAAUUACCAAAAGAUUGCUAAUAUACUAACCAUCCAGCUCAGCCUGUGCAAGCUGUGGAGCAGGAUUUGUCCGAACUGUUAAGUUGAAGAGGGAAAAGAAUAAUGAAGAAAAACUCGAAUGUACGUUAAUUUCUGCAAACUGUUCUGCAUUGGAGGUACAUCAUUCAUGCAUUACCAUUCGAGAUUACUAGGAGUCACGAUAAUCAACGGAAAGCAAAACAGGAAAGCAUUAAUAUGAAACAAAAUAGUAUAGAUAUUUGUGCUGUGGAAAAUAAAGGAAUCUGAAAGAAUGGGGGAAACAAGAACAACACAAAAUAGCAGACCCAUGCAAGGUCGUUACGUUCCCACAGUGCUUUCUGAUUGACACCAUUUGAUAUAUACAGUGCACACCCGAAUUCUUCAAUUCGGCACAGGGUAGCAAAAUUUUUGGAAAGAUCAAUGAAAAUUUCUGCCACUGAUCGCUGCAGCCAAUGAUGUCCAACGCAGUGGCUUCAGUGGGCAUAAGCAAAUGAAAAAAGUGUUACUUUUAUUUACAUUCCAACAUAAUUUGACUCUCGAGGGAGUAUUAUUAUUGUUAGCAAGUGUUAGAAAAGACAAUAUAACAUAAAUAAGUUUAACAAAACUGGUCUAACAGAGUCGCCCAUGGUUAUCUAUAGUUUCUUUUGCGUUAAACUUUGUUAUAAAAAAGAAACCCCAUUAGUGUACGGUUGUAGGAUGGACAAGUACGGUAUAAUGGUGUCCUCUCCAGCAUGCAACCAUUGAAUGGGACAGCCUACAUACACUGUGAAAAUAUACCACAAACCAGUACCAUGGGACUGGAAUAAAAUGAAAUCAAAUAAAGAUUACAAGUCGAAGAAAAAAAGAACAAAGCAAAACAAAACCAGCCAAAACGAGUGUUUGCUAAGCACGCACCACCGCACAACAGCAUUGCGUGGGUAAGCGAUGCAACCAAACAGCUGCAACCGAAAUAAUACGCUGCUAGUUGAAUGAAUCUUCUUUUUUUAAUUUGUGUUUGUUAGAAAAAAAUGAACCUCCAAUGCACAAGAUUCCUACAAUUUCACUACGAGCUAUAGUUGGUCUGCAAAACCCUUCUUGUGACUAUAUAUAUAUAAAGUAUUUUUAUGUAUUUAGCUCGUACUCAAAAGGUAAUAACGUGCUGAAGAGCAUCCCUGUGAGAGCGAGAGAGGGAUAGGAAGGAAAGAAUAAGAAUAUACCUUAUUAUAUACACAAUUAUAUGUAUGAGUAUAUAAUAAUAUAUACAUGCAUAUAUGCAUUUAGAUAUACUUAUACGUAUAAAGGAAACAAAAAUGCUAGAAGUCGUAUGGACGCUGAAUUUUUAACACAGUUUAAUCUAAAACAAACCAAAACAUAAAUCUUUGAAGUGUUAUACCUCUUGUAGUUUCUUUUCCGUAUGAAAUAAUUGCAAAGAAGAAGCCCCCUGUAAGAAAAAUAUUACGAUUCCCUAUUAUGGAAGAUGCAACAUCGUGUUUGGGCGUACGCGGCGAAGAUCCUUUGCAACGAGUCACACGCAAUAUUCUUCCAACCGUGAAGGUGCUAGCGUUUUUAGUAGAAGUGAGGUGAGGCGCCACGUAGGGGACGCACUCGGCACAAGUGCUGUAAUGUAGCGGUUGGGUAGUGUAUAUUACCAAGCUUUGGUCCUUUUCAAUACUUUGGACCCCUCCAGCUAUACGCCCGCAAGCAACAGUGUUGACUGUGAAGUGAAGAUGUACGAUACCAACUCUGACCUUUAGCUAUACGCACACUCUAUCUUCACCGUAAACGCUUGCUGCUGGUUAUGCUUGUUGAAGAAAAAUGUGUCCAUUGUUCGAAUUGUACACGUUGUUCAAGAUGGUGCUCAGUAACACGCACGGGAUGCGCAAACGAGCAUUCUAUGGCGAGUAUGGCCCAGGUUGAGGGAAGCAGUUAGUUGCUCAUGGGGUAACCAGAGCUGCAUCAUAGCAUAUAGCGUCGAAAUGAUGAGGGAGGACUCCCAAUUCAAUCGACUAUCCUAGUAAGUCUUGCUAGGAACUAGCUGUGUGUAUCUUCACAAGCCGGCCGCUACGUCCUUCUAGUCACAGGGUGUGUUAGCGGCAAUGAAAUGUUGUUUUACAUACUCGAUGAACAAAGUACGAUGAACUAAAAAUAAAUCCAUAUUUUAUGUUUUUAAAGUGCAUCUUUUGCUUCUGUUACUUUGUACGUUACAUACGAAAAAGUGAAUUAUUAAUUCCUUUCAAAAGCUAUAUUUUACGCACACCCACAACUUAAGAAGAAUAUAUAAUAUAUAUGUAUAUAUAGUAUGCCUUGUCUUUUUUAUAUACACAUAUUUAUUAUACACAAAAUCUCUCUAUAUAUAUUAAAUAUAUAUAUAUAUAUAUAUACAUAUACAAGUAUGUGCUGGUAAGAACGUAAAUGAAAAAAAAAACAAACAAAAACAUAAGUUAAAUAUUUUUUUUUUACAUACGAACUCCAAACGGCAAAAUCUGCAAGGGAGAGCUAGUCAAAAGAAAUAAAAAAUAUUUUGUGGUAAAAAAUGUUUAUGUUCCACCUGAUUCAAACUUUAGGCUCUUAAACAUGGGAUAUGAGGAGUGCCAUGGGGAAAAAAGGUGCAGCACAAAGCUAUGCAGAUCGUACAGACAGAGAAACCAAAUUAACCCUUGCUCUAACAUACCAAAACGCAAACCACAUAAAGAACAAGCUACAAUAUGCGUUAUUAUAGCAAAACAAUCAAAGAGUUUGACGUUCGAUAACGUAGUAUAACGUGCUAUGUUUACAUUGUCGUUUGCGACAAUGGAGGCGCCUGGUACCGGAACGUCCAGAAAGCGGUAAAGGACAGUAAAACGUACAACACUCUAGACAGAUGGGAAAUAGUAACGAUGGCUAGUUUUUUUUAUUGAAUUAACGUUACUACGUUAACGUUGAACCGGUGGCCAUGACCGACAAUGCCAGAGUGUGUACGUAAAGUAACUGCUGUACUUGUUUUGCUUGCAAUGGAGACGCCCAGUACUUUACGUGCACAUCCAAAGGUGGCACGAAAGCGUGGAAGUGAAUUUAAAGUUUUAUGAUUCUAUUGAUUUAUACAUAGCAAGCUGCAUACAUCACACGAUAGGUAAUUGCAUUCCUUAGUGAAUGUAAAUCAUUUUCAAUUAAAUUAAGCUUUUUUAAUAUAUUUUAUCAUUUUUCAACCCCAGCCCAUUAUUGCUCGAUCGUUUGAGUGAUGCUUUGGGAGGGGAUGACAAUAAAGAUCGUUAAGAUAGUUUAAUUUGAUGUGAUUGAAUAUUCAUCCACCAAGGAACUCAAUUACUUAUUGUAUGGGACAUCAAAAAGGGCCAUAUAUUCAUCCUGUAUUUUAAAUCAGCGAUAAAAAAAUCAUAUUCACUUAACUCUCUGUUCCACUUCCUGUCUGUAUUCCUUAAAUUUUAUUAUGACCUGCUAACACUAACAUUGAUCUGUCCUGGCGUUUCUGAGUUUGAGCUUGUGUGGUUCACCCGAUCAAAAAGCAUAGGCAAAGGUAAAACAAACAACCAAAACCAAAGGAAAGCACAGUAAUGUUACAAACGAGAUACCUACUAUCAGUAGCUAAACUUAAAUUGAAAGCAAUACAUUUACGUUACAAAGAAGGAAAAGAAAAAGUAUUUCAAAAUAUUUAUAUUCGUAUACAUAAAUUGUAUGGGUGUAUGUAAAAAUGAAGAAGAAUGAUAAACCAAACGCGCGAAAGGAAUGCGCAAGUCGAGUCGGUCGUUCCCUUUCCUGGCGACUUCAGCUUGCACCACUUGCGCGAGUGUCGAGUUUGAUGAACUGUGUACGGUGAAGCUAUUCUGUUCGAUCAUAUCUUCACUGUCGGCCGUAGGUAUAGCUGCAGUUCGCGUAGAUUCGCACGUGGUUAAAGAAAGCUGCGCGUAAGCGAUAGUAGUACCCGAACGAUGCGACAUUUGUAGCAAUGUGUAGUCGCAAUGAUUUAGUGUCAUGGUUUCUGGAUUUUUAGUAGCGUAUUCAAACGGGGCAUUAACACCCAAAGCGAGAGAUAAACUGAUACCGUAAGAUCAUGCAGAGCAGACAUGGCAGUCCACGGUGAAAUGUGUUAAAGUGAGCAGCACCAUACGAAAAGAUCUUUUUACAGAUGUUUUAUCUUACGCACAAACACACACACACACACGUCACUCAGCAGGCAAUUAGUAAAGACAGGGCCUACUCUUCCUGUGCUCUUCAGCGCGCACACUCUUACGGCACUGUGCGGUGGUACACGGUGCCACCCUUUUCGAUUAUAGGACACGGUUGUGAAAAAUAAAAAAAUAAGAAUAAUUUAACUGCUUGCGUUUCCCGUUGCGUUCGUUUUGCUACAAUCGACUGGCGUAUGUACAUGUGUUUGUUAGUAUUGGGAUGUUUUCUACCAUGUAGCCAUACAACCGUCAUUGGGGUUGUCGGUUUGGUUGCAUUUUUGGAGCAUUUUGAAACCCCGUAAAACUCAGAGCUUAUCCAGACCGCGAAGGUUACCACAAGUAAUCCACAAGGAAUGGUAAUGCAUAAUUUGAAAGCAAUAGUUACGAUACAAAAGCACUGUGUUUUGCCAUAAAGAAAAACAACCAUUGCGCAACCAUUGCAUUGUUAUAAGGGAAUCUCUUUAAAAGUGUGCUGCUUAUAAGUGAUAUGUUUGUUCUUUUACUUUAAUCUCAUUAAAAAUGCAUCACACGCCAACCUUAAUGUGUGUGUGUUUGUGUGUGUAGUAUACAUUUUAGCAACCAUGUAGGAAGCAGUUUUCCUUUUUAAACCGUCUUUUAAUCGCUCCCUUUUGGCGAUCCCCUCCUCGUACGUCACAGAUAAUAAUUGGGGCAGGUCGGCAGCGGCAAAUGGCAAGUAGCAGACAGGCACCGCCAAAGCGCAGCGCAGAGAUUGUUAUUCGUUGCAACGUUUGUGCACCAUGUUUCAAAAACUUUCGGCUUAACGUAUUGUCCACUUUUUGGGCUGUAUUAUUGAAUUUAAUGAUGAAAGGGGAAGCGCAACACAAAAUAAAACCACUCCACUUUAUAUAUCGGAUAGUUAAAUGAACGCUUGUAAUGGGAGGACAGGAGUAAACUAAAACACAGUCAAAAACCAAAAUGAAUUAACUAAACAAAAGAAAAGAAAAGAAAUGAAACGUUUUUUGCAAAUACCUCCAAACAUACGCGAUGAGCGACAACAAACGCGGACAAGAAAAAAGAGUAAUAAUUUUACCACAAACUUUAAGCGAAUUCUUAACCAAACUAAUAGUUUCGAGACCAGAGUAUACAACAACAAAAAAAGGAAACAACAGAAAACAAUUAAAACAUUACUAUAUAUUAUACCGUAGAAGUAGUAGACUGCAUACAAUUAAGCAGUGGACAACACGAUCAGCAAAAACCAUUCGAAUCAAAUUUGCUACCGCUUCUUAGUGGGGAGUCGGCGCUUGCACGGCACCAUUUGUGAUGGGGAGUAUAUAUAUAUAUAUAUAUAAAUUUUUUUUAUGUAGUCCUAGAACCCGUGCAGCAACCGUUACAUCCAAGCAUGCUCAUACACCUCCGGCAGCACAAUGUCACGGUGUAUCGAUGUAGGUAUUGCAUGGUCAAAAAAGUGCUAAUGUGUGUAAGUUUGUGUGAAUGUGUGCGUGUGCAUGAGUGUGUGUGUGUGUAUGUUUUGUGUUAGGAGUGUGAUGUGUUAGUAGUGUUAGAGUGACAUUAAAACUCUGGAGAUAAUAUUCGGAACCUUCCUCCCUUUCUCUACCCGCGUAACUCCUCAAUCAGCCGUUUAUUACAGUUUACCUUUAUCCUCGAUCGUUCCUUAAUCCACGUUGAUAAUGUGUCAAGACAACCACCCAUGAGAGGGUUGAAGGUACAGGCGUAAAGAAAAGCAAAGAGCAGCUAAAAAUAAAUAAAUAAACAAACAAACCAAUACCAACACCAGCCUAGGGCACGGCGCGUAUCACCUACGUCUUUAAGCUUUGCUCCAGAUUCUUAUCCUGUUUCCCACCAAAAUUGAAUAUUUUUCUAGAGUUAAGUACAUCACCAUCAAUGGUGGCAUGGAUGGCCGUGCAAAUGAUGCAAUUGGUAGUGAUUGGUGAGUUUAUUAUUAGCUGCAUUGCGAUCCACAUUGCGACCAAAUUGCGACGGAACAGUGACGACUAGUGGCAAUUUGAGGGGAGCAGGAACGUCAGCAAGAAAGUUAGAAAAAUACAAAAACAAAAGUAUAUAUAUAUAUAUACAUCACGCGUACACGCACACAGAGACUUUCACUUUAUAAAGAUGUGUGAAAAAAAAAACAAAACGUUCUGAUGCGAAAAAAACCAAACUAUCAGGGUGUAUUUUUGUAAUCUGUUACUGGUAGUGUGGUUCGUCAACAGUGUUGUUUCUCGUGUUAUGCACCAUAGCUAUUCAUGAACUUAGUGGAACGAAGCGGAUAGAUGAGCUUGCGUAAACAAACAUU